AAUAAAAAUGGCGUCGGAAUCGAUGUCAGACCCAGGAAAACACGAAAUUAACUUCGAUAUUGAGUUUGAUGACUCGGAGUUCCAGUCUGACCUGCCAGAAGUUGACAACCCUCCAACACUAGAGAGUAUCCUGAACGAGGAGGAGACAGCGUCCGUGUUGGAGGAAGAUGAAAUCUCUAUCCCAUCUACAGUACAGGCGUUCAAGGACAGCCAGUCACAGGAUACAUCCUCACUGUCCAGUCAUGACAGCUCACUGACUGAUAAACCUACUAGGUGGGAAAAGAGGAGAGUAAGGAAACAGAAAGCCAUUCAUGGGUCUGUGUUGAAGUCCAGCAAACUGCAGAAAGUGGCUGCCCAGCUUCAGUCUGCUGCUGACAAAGUGGAUGCUGGGAUGCCAACAGCAAUGGCUGUGUCCAGCUUAAUAGCCAUUGGAACAUCUCACGGGCUUGUUCUGGUGUUUGAUUAUGAGCAGGUGUUAAAGUGGUGUUUAGGAUCCACAGCUGUAGGUGCUCAAUAUGGGGCUGUGUCUUCACUCAGCUUCAACAAGGACUGCACCAGGCUGCUUAGUGGAUUUGCUCGGGGACAGAUUACAAUGUGGGAUCUAAGCAAUGGCAAGCUAAUACGGACCAUCACAGAUGCCCAUCCACCUGGAACUGCCGUCCUGCAUAUAAAGUUCACAGACAGCCUUGUGUUGGCGGUAUGCAGUGACAGUGGGGGAUCUGUGUUUGAACUGGAGUUUAAACGGCUUAUUGGUAUGAGAUCCUGUGAGUCCAGAUGUCUCUUUUCUGGAAGUCGCGGUGAAGUAUGUGUGAUAGAGCCUCUGCACAUGAACCUCUCCAUGACAGCAAAGGACCACCCCAUGCAGGAUGUCUCCAUUCUCGCAAUGGCUUCAUUGUCAAAGGUAUUACUGGUGACGCUAAGCCCACAGCUAAAGGUUGUAUUCACCCAUCCACUGAAGGGCAGCCCUAGUUGUCUGCCCCUGCUGGCCUGGCAAUUUGUGGUGAUUCAAGUCAGCCAGAGUGACAGAGUUGUAGACCCUGUCCUUGUAUUUGCCAGAGAGUCAACCAUUCAUUUUCACCAGGUUGUAUGUAGAAGUGCCCAAGACAUCAAGUGCACAGGGCUACAGAAGAUGACUGUGCCAUACAAACUACUCAAUGUUACAUGGAUGAAUACCAGAACUUUGGUUACCAUAGAUACCACCGAGAAGAUCCAUGUGAUAGAUGUCCGGUCUGAAGAAGAGCUCCAGGUUCUCGACAUGACAGAUGUUCAGCUGGUAUACAACACCAGUUUCUUCAAGUCUCUGGCCACUGGUGGGAAUGUCAGUCAAGCUCUGGCGUUUGCUGGGGACCAUGCCUGCUACCAGACUCUAGCUAGCCACGAGAACAGACUGUUUGUACUGGGAUCUAAGGCAGUCCAUGUCUUCACAGUCAGAAACUGGAAAGAGAGGAUAGAUGUUCUUGUCCAGGAGCAAAAAUACCAGGAUGCCCUGGCGCUGGCUCUGUCCUUCUAUGAAAAUAAGGCUAAAGCCAUUGUGGGCUUAUCAGGCCCAAGUCAGAAAAAGAAGGAGAUUGUUGCUGACUUGAUGCUGGAUCUGCUGUUUGAGUAUGUGGACUUGUCCAUGACCCAGCUGUGCCCUGAUAAAGGCAAAAUUGAAGAGCUUGAAGAAUACUACAUGAAUAUAGUGCCAGUGUGUGUGGAAUACUGUCUACAUCUGAACAAAAUGGACAUCCUUUUUGGUCGGAUCUAUGAGAGGUUUAGCAUGGAUAUGAUAGCAAUGGGAACGUUUCUGGAAUGCUUGGAGCCAUAUAUCCUUGAUGACAGACUAAGAGUGAUGCCCCCUGUCGUUAUGAAAGAUUUUGUAACUCACUACGAAGCCAGAAGUAUGCUAGAGAGUGUGGAAGCCUGCAUAGUACAUAUGGACGUUUCCAGUCUUGACAUUCACCAUGUGGUUCACCUGUGUUGGAGCCAUGGUCUGUAUGAUGCCAUCCUGUAUGUGUACAACAAGGGAAUGUUUGACUAUACUACACCUCUGGAAGAGCUUCUGUCUACAUUGAAGGCAGCUGUGGACACUGGCAAACAGCUAUCAGACCAGCAGAUUAGAUUAGGUAACAAGCUUCUGGUGUAUGUCAGCUGCUGCCUGGCUGGCAGGGCGUACCCACUUGGAGAUAUUCCAGAAGAACAUGAAGCCAGGGUCAAACAAGAUGUGUUUUCAAGCCUGACAUGUCGGCAUACCAAGGCAAAGCCUGCAGAUGAGCUGGAGUUUCCAUAUCUACGCACUCUGCUGGUUUUUGACACUAGAGAAUUUCUGAAUGUCCUUGCACUGGCUUUUGAAGAGGAAGAGUUCAACACAUCAGAAGGGAUAGCUAAGAGACAGCACAUUGUAGACAUAUUACUGAGGAUCAUGGUGGAAAGUGUUGGAUUCACACCAACCCAGGUGGGCGUGUUGUUUACAUUCCUGGCACGACAGAUGGCGCGACAUGAGAACACCAUCACUGUCAACAAACUACUGUUUGAACAGGUGUUGGAGUUCCUUUGUAACCCUGAUGAUGAAUCCCGCCAUGAGGAACGACAGCAAGCUCUAUUAGAGCUUUCCCACGCUGGGGGGCUUAAACAGGUCGAUGAAGAGAGGUUCUUACAUCUUGCAGAGAGGGCAAAAUUCUACCGAGUGUGUGAACUACUGUACGAGAAGAGGAGAGAAUUUGACAGGAUCCUCUCAUGUUACCUGAGGGACUAUGCCAGGAAGUACCAUGCAUUCAACUUCAUCAGUAGUAUUGUUGACAGUGACAGAUUUACUCCAGAAGAGAAAGCCAGUAUCCAGGCUGAGGCCUUGAACCACAUAGAGGAGUUGGUAUCUAUAGAUAGCAAGCAGGCGGCCCAAAUGGUGUUCAACAAUCUUGCAGUGAGCUUGGCUGAUGUUGUCAAGCAGCUUAAGUCUGAGGAAACUGUGCUCUUUGAGUUCUUGCAGGGAGUUAUGGCUUUUAGUUUGACGAGUGGAAGUGCUAUAAACACGGACAAGCAGAUCCAAGUUGAGGCCUCCAUAUUUGAACUGUACAUUGACCUUAUGUGCAAGUUUCGGCCAAACGAUGUGUACAACUUCAUCAAACCAAAUGAGGGCUACAGACUUGAACAAACAUUGGCAAUAUGUCGCAAGCACAACCUAGCUGAGCCUACAGCGUUCCUGCUGGAGAAGGCAGGCGACAUUCAAGGGGCUUUUGGAAUAUAUCUGGAAAUUCUGUCUGGCAAGCUGAAAAAGUUGACUGAAAACCUGCUUGGUUCUUCCGAUGGAAACAAAGCUAUUUCAGAUAUGAGUUGUCAGUUCAAUGAAGCUGAGGCGGUGCUACUGGUCAUCAUUCAGCUGUGUCAGAGAAAUUCUAAUAAGAUGGACGAACAAACCAGAGAGUCGCUAUGGUUUCCACUGCUGGAUGCCCUCAUGUUUCCACAGAGACGAAUCAAGGAUAUUGAUAACAAGGAAAUUCUCAAUGACUUUAAAAAGCUGACUCACCAUGUUUUGAAUAACAUGAUGGGGUACAUUGCUCUGCCCGCGAUUCUACAGAAGAUUAUGCAGGACCCAGCCUACAACACAGGAAAAUUCGGGGAAAUACGGGAACUUAUUCUAGGAAUGUUAGAAACUUACAACUAUGAACAGACGCUGAUGAUCACCUGUAAGAACCUCCUGAACCACGACAUCCACAUGCAUCUCCGUAACCUGACCAGCGUGGCAGCCAAGGGUUACAUACCGCGCGGAGAACAAUGUCGUAUCUGUGUGAAACGAUUCAUUAAUCAGCAGGAUUCUGACACUGUCAUUGUGUUCAGAUGUGGGCAUUCCUACCACAGUAACUGUCUGCAGGCAGUUGGGUCAGUCCAUGUUAUAGAUGGGGAGGACACCUACGUGUGUUAUCUGUGCAGCAAUUCCAAACGGGGACAGACGCAGAGUUCCCGUUUCCACAGAUCGCUAUCAAACCCGAUGACUGCACAACAACUAGGACUCAGACCUGACCGGGCAAGAGAUUCGUCUGAGGAUCCCCAGCACAUACAGAAUGUGGACGCUGUCCGUAGGUCCAUGAGAACCCCUUCUAGGCUGGGUAUGUUAUCAGAGCUGUCCAAGCCUGAAUCUUCAUCAAGAACUUCCCGGUCUCCAGCUUCCAGCAUCUUUCAACAGGAUAGAUUUAAACUGAACGUGGGGGCGCCUCGAGUGUUUGACUGAAAAUUCCUACCAUGUAAAUUUCAGCCCUUCAAACAGCCAAUUAGAGCAGAGUAUUUCUUGCACUCUAUCUUUGUUAUUGGUGUAUGUGAGUCGAUGCAUACAUUAGACAGUGAUGUUAUACAUGAUGAUCCACUUACUGGAGUUUCAUCAAUAAACUAUAAUUUGGUUGUUGUUUAUGUAUUACAAAUUAAACCAAUUUAUUCCAACAGUCGAUGUUGCUCCAUCGGAAAAUUUUGUAAUAUAUGAGCUAUAUCUUAACAUACGCUACAAAUUUCCAAAAUGAUAAAAAGUUUUACAAGAAAAAUGAUAUAGAGUCUAAAAUGUACUCAAAUUACACAAGUACAUGAGCUGUACUUAAGCAGUUAUUGAGCCAUGGCUGAAACUCAGAUCAAGUGGCAGAGGUUUACCAGUACUCUGAUAGUACAACCAUAUGCUUUAUGUGUUUAAAAAGUAUUAUCCAAUUAAAAUUAACCAGCUGCCAAAGCAAUUACUGCAACUUGUUGAGAUCAUUUGGCAGGGGUUGUUCACUCAAUCCAUUAGAUAAUGCAACCAUGUGCUUUUAUGCAUAAAAAAAAUAUUUAUCCAAUUACUGGGGUACUUAUUUUUAUGAUUGGCAAUUUGCAACUUGUCGAAGAUUCAAGGUGUGAUAUAUUAAACAUUUUUUUUCCUGUCUUAACCAUAAAGAAUUAAACCGCACAUUGGGGCACCUAUAUUUUUUGACUGGAUUCAAUGUAAAGUUGUGCGUUGUCUAAGUAAAAUACAUGUAAGUGCUGGAGACAUUCAAAUUAUUCUGGUGACGGACAUAUUUUGUAAAACAGUUGAAACCUGUUGGCUUGAUAUUGCUUGGCUCGAUUUCCACAAACUUGAUUUAAAGGACUAAACUGUUUUUACUCUAUAUAAGCAUUCCUGCUUGCUUUGAUAUUCGCCAGGCUCAUGGUUUUUCUGGUUCGUCUCUGGGAUAUCGAGCCAACAGGUUUUAACUGAAGAUGUUCUAUUCAACACAGGUAUCAAACAUCAGAUUAUAUCAGUAUGUGGUAUAUAAUCGAUACAUUAGAACUGAUUUAAACAAAGAAGUGUCUAAACGACUCUCUCGAUAAAUUUUGUGUUUGUUGUUAAAGAUGGCUUGUGCAAUAUUGCUUGUUAUGAAAUGUUAAUGACUAUUAUUGUGAAUGUUGCGUACCACAAGUGUUUAAAUUUUGCUAGGUUAGUUUUUCAUGUCUUCUUGAUUUUGGUUUAAAUUUCCUUACACCAUUAUUGAAUCAUUGACGAACAUCUGUUUAACAAAAUUCUGCUAGAUUAUUACACCUGCAAAUAUCAAAUCCUCGCUGAAAUUCAGCUAUCAGAUUAUUAAAUUAAAAUUUGAUGCUGAGGUGUAUGAACAAACAGUUCUUGGUUGUUUUAUAAUAAAAAUGUACCUAGAAAUUAUGAUAAUAAAAUGAUGUGUCAAAACUUC